AUGGCGUUCGCCAGACUGAGCUCGACACUGGCUUUUGUCGAGACCGCAGGCUCCAAAAUCACUCCCUCGUCUCUUUCGGCCUUAACUGCGGCCCAGCAAUUGGGCAAGCCAAUUACGACUCUUUUGGUGGGCCCACACGCUGCCGAGGCCGCCAAAGAGGUUUCCAGGGUGGCGUCCGUCGACAAGAUCCUGGUGUCGCCUUCUGAAAAAUAUGACCACUACCUGCCCGAGCAAGUCUCUCCCUUGGUUGCCAGCUUGUUGAAAGACUCCGAUUACUCCAAUUUUGUUGUUGCUGCGUCCACUGUGGGGAAGAACUUCCUUCCUCGUGUUGGAGCCAUCCUAGAUUUGCAGCCUGUUUCUGACAUCAUCAAAGUUGUUUCUCCAGACACUUUUGUGAGACCAACAUAUGCUGGUAACGCAAUUUUGACUGUCAAGUCCAAGGACAGCCAGGUUUUAUUUUCUGUGAGAAGUUCUGCUUUUGCACCGGUGGAGCUGAAGGAGGCCCGCGAGGUGCCUGUGGAGGAGGUUCCGUACGUUGAGGCUGGCAACAGUGCCGAGUUUGUUUCUGAGGAGCUUGUCAAGAGCGAGAGACCAGAUUUGGGAUCUGCCAAGAUCGUCGUUGCCGGCGGCCGUGGUCUCAAGAAUAAGGAGGAGUUUGAUAGACUGAUCACCCCGCUGGCCGAGAAACUGAACGCUGCCAUUGGCGCCUCGAGAGCCGCCGUUGACGCUGGGUUCUGCGACAACUCGCUGCAGGUUGGUCAGACCGGAAAAGUCGUUGCCCCAGACCUGUACAUUGCCGUUGGUAUAUCUGGUGCCAUUCAGCACUUGGCCGGAAUGAAGGACGCCAAGACGAUUGUGGCAAUCAACAAGGACGAGGAGGCCCCUAUUUUCUCUGUUGCCGACGUUGGCAUUGUUGGCGAUGUCUUUGAAAUUGUUCCUGAGCUGACUGCAAAGAUCUAG